CAACGGGGGCUCCGCCUCCUGAAACCCUCUUGGCAGCGAAGAAUGGGGACCAUGGCAUUGGAGUUAGUCCCCUGCACCAUUAAGAACCCAGUAGCACUGCAAGUGGGAGACAUGAAGACCGAGAUGGGCCGACCUGGUGUUCUGGUGAUUGAUGUUUCACUCCCACACUCACAGACCACAGAUUUACAGGCAGUUGCAUUCAAAAAUUACUAUACUGCCUUUUUGACCCUUCGAGUACAGCGACGAAGUUCUGCAGAUGAUGGGAAUGAAAGCCCUUCCAAAUGGGUUACUUGUCUACGUAACUUUUGUUUGAUGCCUAACCUACAUACAGAGGAGGGUUCCCAAAACUACUUUUCUAUUUCCAGGCAUCAGAUGCUUUGUGAUGUGGAUCAGGUGUCUGCCAUGCGUUUCAUCCUGCGCCAGCCUUCUCCAGUAUGGUUGCAUUUUGCAAUUGAGGAGCUGCAACUUUUUUCUUUGUGUCAAAAGAAUCCUCAGAAAGGCUUUCCAGCUUGGCUUUCUCAUCCUUCUCCUCAGGAGCAGCCAACAAGCUUACAUGAUGGACUUCCUGAUGCCAACAGAGUGUCUUCCGAACUGCAGCAAAUGUGGGUUUUAACUGAGAUGCUCCAAGCCAGCCAACCAGUAGCACGGAUUGGGCGCUUUGAUAUAGAGGACUCCUAUGACCUUAAUCUGCUUUCUUAUACUUGAAUGGUCCCAAAACAAGAAGAAGCAAGGCUUUCAAGCAGGGCUGCAUCCUUACAUUGUAGCCUAGCUUGAGCAGGAAGAAGGAAGAUUAAGACUUGAUUGCUUCCAUGUUCCCGUCUCAUGUUCCAAUAACUAUCCACUUAGAUUCUGGUGGUAAUUUGGUUUUCAAGCCUAUAUUUUGCACUGAACCCUGGAAAGUUAGAUUACCUAAACUGAAACUGCCCAAUUAGGCUUGUUUCUCUCCUGAUCUGCUUUUCCAAGCCUUGCUGCAUGAUA